GGCGUCAUACCAUCAGUAUGCGCAGCGCAGCAUGAAGUCUACAGUGUUUCACUAUGAAGCGUGUUGUUUUUUAGCCACAAGCUGCGGAGGUUCGUUGUCGAGAGUAACAUCAUUCAUAUUUCACAUAAAACACACCAAUCAACAGCUUCCAGAUGUCUGAGGACGUCUACGAGAAGUUCCUCGCUCCAGAGGAUCCGUUUCCAUUGCUGUCACAGCGAGGAAACUUCAGUGAAGAUGUCACCCUGGAUGUCAGUGACUUUGGGUUUCAGUUGUCAUCAUGUCACCGAACCGAUCCUUUACAUCGCUUUCACAGCAGCAGGUGGAACCUGACGUCAUGUGGCACCAGCGUGGCCAGUUCAGAGUGCAGCGAGGAGCUCUUCUCUUCGGUAUCUGUGGGAGAUCAGGACGAUUGUUACUCUCUUCUGGAUGAUCAGGAGCUUACGCCCUUUGACCUGUUCCCAGAGGGCAGUGUCUGCAGCGACGUCUCCUCCUCCAUUAGCACGUACUGGGAUUGGUCAGACAGUGAAUUUGAGUGGCAGCUACCAGGCAGUGACAUAGCCAGUGGCAGUGAUGUUUUGUCUGACAUCAUACCCAGCGUGCCCAGCUCACCCUGUCCCGUUUCCAAAAGAAAAAGCAAGCUGCAGAGGAAUCUGGAUGAGCUUCCCUGGAGCGCUAUGACUAAUGAUGAACAGGUGGAAUAUAUUGAAUACUUGAGUCGGAAAGUAAGCACAGAGAUGGGACUUCGGGAGCAGCUUGAUAUCAUAAAGAUCAUCGACCCGAGUGCACAGAUAUUGCCAACAGACAGUGAGUUCAUCAUUGAACUGAACUGCCUGACAGAUGAAAAACUUAAACAGGUCAGGAGCUACAUCCGUGAGCACAGUCCGCGGCAGCGGGCCAGCAUGGCACGUGAUGGCUGGAGGAGGAGCGUGGCGAGCACCAGCGCAGUCAGCGCUCACAGCAGCAGUAAUGCCAGCAUGGUGAGCAGUGUAAGCAGCAGCAGCGCAUCUACCGGAUCUAACUCCUCCACCAACAUCAGCCGUGCUCACAGCGACGGAAAUCUGACCACUGCUGCCGAGCGCAUACGAGACUCCAAGAAACGCUCCAAGCAGAGGAAGAUGCAACAGAAGGCAUUACGUAAGCGACAGCUGAAAGAGCAGAGACAGGCUCAUAAAGAGAGGUUGAGCGGUCUCUUCCUAAAUGAGGAGGUGUUGGCACUCAAAGUCACAGAGGAAGAGGGUCACUGUGAUGAUGUCGAUGUAUUGAUGUGACAAGAGUGAAUUACUCAGUGUUCCUUCUAAGCCUCUUUCAUCGCAGCAUUAAUCGCUCUUUUCUCAUUUUUAUAUCAUCGGCGGGUUACAACCACCCUUUUCAUGAUUAGACAGCAGAUAGUAUCAGCAGAAAGAUCUCUGAAGAUGUGCCCAACUGCUUGACUUGAAUUGUCAGUUCAGAAUGCACCCGGACCAAAAAUGUCCUUGUUCAGUUUGAAAAAAUAUAUUGAUUAGGGUUUGUCAUAAGUUAAACUGGUGAAAUGACAUGUUUGUUGAUAAACACAUUUAUAGUGUCGUAAAAUACACACUCUUUCUGGCACGGCAAAAUCAAAGGAAAUGUUUUAAUCUAAUAAAUAAAGUAAUAAAUGAACAGCUUAAUGCACUUAAACCACAUCACAUCAAGGAAUCUGUGAAUUCUGCAGUCUGUUAAAAUAACUACAGUACGUAUUUGUGCAUUAGUAUAAUAAACUGAAAUUACUAUAGCUAAAAUGAAUGUGUUUUAAAACUUUAAUAUAUAUAUAUAUAUAUAUAUAUAUAUAGUGGGGAUAGUUCACCCCAAAAUGAAAGAUAUUUUGAAGAAUGUUGGUAACCAAACAGCGGCGGAUCCCAAACAGACUGUUCUGUUACGACAUUCUUCAAAAUAUCUUCUUUUGGGUUCUGCAGUAGAAGGUCCUACAAGUUUAAAAUGACAAGAUGAAGAUGAUGAUUAAAUGAUGACAGGAUUUUCAUUUUUUAAAGAUACAUGAAUGAAAGAUCAAUUCAAAUGAAGUCUUGCAUUUUACAUUUUUUGAGAAAAUUCAUAAUAUUAAUAAUAAUAACUUAUGCCAGACUGCAGCUAAUGCUACAUGUACAGUAUUUAUGUUCAUUGUACUAUUAAUACUGUAGAAAGACAUUGCUACUACCAGCUGUUAUCUAGGUUAACCAGCAUGUCUCAGAGGUGUUCGAGGACAUGCUUGUGUAGCAAAAUUGUAAUGCACCUCCUUGUGUUUUAAGCACAUACUUUAUAUGAAAGGAUAUUCUUCUGAAGUCAUCUUUUUGUGCACUCCAACAACAAAAUGAAAUCGCGGUUUACAAGGAUCUGAAUUAAUAUAGUCAUGUUAAAAGCUUUUUUAAAGGCAAAAAUCUAGACACUUUUGUGUAACAGCAGUGUUACAUUUGAUGUACGGAUCCACAUUACUGUUGUAAUCAUUUAAAGCAUCUAUUCAAUCUUGAUUUACAGAGGACAAAAACAAAGCUAAACGUCUGCCAUUCGUACAUGGUCACAUUUCCAUGUGUUUUGUUCAUGUGGACACAACUUAUUCUUCAGAUUUUGCUGUAUAUGUAAAUACUUGUUAAACUCAGGCAUAGAGGGAACACUGACAACUAGAGUCAUUGCCUCCAUUGUAUAUCUAUUUAAACACUUUUUUUGAUUGGUCAAUUGAUGUUAUGAAUCUUUUGGACAUACAUAAUUGAUGUAAAACACUAAUGGUACAUAAUAGCUAUAAAUAGCUUGUUGACUAACUUCAAAAUAUUGUUUAUGCUCCUGUUAAAAUGUUUAUUGUUUGAUUUCGUCAAAGUGUUAUGUUUUUUUAAGGCGUUUUAAAUGCCUUCUUGAAUUGAAGUUAUGCAUUUCAGGCUGGCAGGGAAGGGAUGGCUUCUUAAAAAAUACAAUAAAUGCUUUCACUUGGA